CGAACAGGACAACCGGAAACUGCAAGCAAACCAUCAGCGCCUCAGAGGCAGCGCCAUGCGCGGCGACGUAGAUAGCUAGUUGCUGACGCAUGUGCUCGUGGAAUGCACGGGCCCAGCGGCGGACUGGUUCAGUAGUUCGCGGGGCGGAUGCAGCGGUUUCCUUCCCCAGGUCCUCGGAGAGGGAAAAGGAAGGGACUCAAGGGAGCAUGGAUCAUGUUGCUGCUUUGCGAAGUGCAGGAAGAGCCGAAGCGGAGACGAUGACUGAAGAAGAAGGCUGGAAGCCGCGUCCGGAAUCCGAAACGCGACACAAUCUCAACACGACAGCGCAGUCGCCGGUGGGGGUGGGCCGUUGGGAGCACGGAUGCCAAGUUCUGCCACUGCAUGUGAGGUGUACGGUGGAAUGCUCGUGAGCCCUCUGCCUCGCGGACCUCUUCUCAAGAGGCUCUCUAUUGGAUGGAUGGUGCAAGAAAUUUGAAGGUAAAGAGGAAACGACUUUUUAAUCGUAAGAGAUACAAGACUUUUCAAAGAUCGUCUCUUGGGGUGUAAAAGCAUUCGUAAAGAAGUAAAGAACACGAUUGUGGAAGAGAUAGAAAUGAGGAACAGCAGCAGGAAGACAUAUCAGGGGAAACGAUAAGGAAAAGGGCGAGCGGAAGAAAAGCGUCACAUUAUUACAGUUUAAUCAGGAAAAUGGGGCUCUCAAUCUCAUACCCACCAGAUGACUACCUUCCUGAGGAUGAUGACGAUGAUAUGGACAGGCUCUUUGUGCGGUCUCUAAGCUUUGAUAAUCUUAGCACACUUGAUACCCUUGAGUCACCAACGGCAUUGCUUGAUGCCCUGACUUCCAAGAGGCUCAUCAUACGAGGCUCUUUAAGCUUUGAAACAACGGACAGUGAUCCGUUUCAAGCUGAAACUACGCUAUCAAUGGUGAGCCCUGAACCUGCAAAGAAGAGUGGCAACUACAAGCCUAUCAACCUGCCAAGACAUGGAUCCUUGGAUAAUCUGCCACCAAAUUCCCCGGUGAUUGCGAUGGUCAGCCCGAAACACCAGGCUGCAGCCAUAAAGGUGCAGAAGGUGUACAGGAGCUUCAGGACAAGACGGCAGCUUGCUGAUUGUGCUGUUCUUGUUGAACAACGCUGGUGGAAACUACUUGAUUUCGCACUGCUCAAGCGCAGUUCAGUGUCAUUCUAUGAGGUACAUAAGCCGGAGACAGCCCUCUCAAGGUGGUCUCGUGCCAGAACGAAAGCUGCCAAGGUGGGGAAAGGUCUUUCCAAGGAUGAAAAGGCUCAGAAGCUUGCACUGCAACACUGGCUCGAAGCAAUUGACCCUCGACAUCGGUAUGGUCACAAUCUCCACUACUAUUACCAACAUUGGCUACACUGUGAGAGCAAACAGCCUUUCUUUUACUGGUUGGAUAUAGGUGAAGGAAAGGAGGUUAAUAUGGAGGGCCAGUGCCCAAGAUGGAAGCUGCUGCAGCAAUGCAUCAGGUAUCUUGGUCCAAAAGAAAGGGAAAUCUAUGAGGUCGUGGUUGAGGACGGAAAGAUGAUGUACAGGCUGAGCCGGAAAAUCGUCGAUACGAUUGAGGGCCCCAGAAAUGCAAAAUGGAUCUUCGUGCUGAGCACAACGAGAAUUCUAUACAUCGGCACCAAGAGCAAGGGCACAUUUCAGCACUCGAGCUUCCUCGCUGGUGGAGCCACAUCUGCUGCGGGCAGACUGGUUGUAGAGAAUGGGAUUCUAAAGGCUGUCUGGCCACAUAGUGGGCACUACCGGCCCACGGAGGCAAACUUCCGGGAGUUCAUGGAUUAUUUGAAGAAGAGGAACGUGGAUCUUACAAAUGUCAAGUUGAGCCCAGCAGAAGACCAGGAGGACGAGGGGCUCAGGCACAGGGGUAGCCUCUCCCAGCUCAACCUUAUCGAGAGCAGCGAUCCCGCGAGGCAAGAAGACUCCAAGCCCCAAACCCCUGGCGCCGACCAAGACAAGGCCAUAGCCAACGCCACGCCGGUCACGCCACCCUCCACGAGCGGUGAUACAGCAACCACCGCAGGAGUAGGAGGAGGCACGCCAGUGAUGAAGAGGUCCUCGUCAGGCAACCGACUGCAGCGCAAGCGCCCGCCGCGGCUGACGGUGAACAAGAACCAGCUGGGCAAGGGCGCUGCCGAGCAUGGCGCGGGAGCAUUCGGGGACUGCCUGGACUUCUGCAAGGAGAACCUGUUCCGGGGCGGCGAGGGAGGCGAGGAGUUGGUGGUGGUGCCGCAGGAGAAGAUCCUGCACCGCAUCAACUCCAAGAUGACUCUGCACUCGUACCAGCUCGGGAACCAGCUGUCGUUCCGGUGGACCACCGGAGCCGGGCCGAGGAUCGGGUGCGUCCGGGACUACCCGCCGGAGCUGCAGUUCCGGUCGCUGGAGCAGGUCAGCCUGUCGCCACGGGCCGGCGCAGGGCCAGCCAGGUUCGGGACUUCGCCCCGGCAGAGCCCGUGCGCGCCGCUCGUGUCGCCCACGCCCGGUGGCCUCGUCCCGCCGACGUACGGCGCGGCGGGGACACCCACGUCGCGGCUGCAGCACGGUGCAGCCUAGUGGCGCGCCAUUGUCAUAACAUGAACCAUAUGAGAGAGCUUCUAACUAGCACAACAGUGUGUGCACUGGUUAAUCAUAAUUUCUUUUGUGAAUCAUAGUUUCUUUUGUGCAAGAAACUGCUUUUUUCCCU